AUGAGCGCGUGGCUCCCAAACUACCCUGGCCUAGGGCACGAAAACCAUGCUACCCCUCGCCGUGCUCCUCGAAAUCAACAGCCUGAUAAUGCACCACCUGUCCCCGAAGGAAACCCGACUGCUCCUACCCAAGAUACACCCUCGCAAAAACCAGUCAUAGAAUCUGUCACGUUUGGCUUGUCAACCUGGCCGGAGAAUGCAGCUUCAUUGAGAGCCUACCAAUGGCCUUCAGACCCAGGGAGAAAGAGAAUGGACCUGGUCUACAAAAUCCGCUUCGGCACAAUGACCUACGAGUUCAUUCUCUACUGGCAUCCGCCUCCAGGCUUGCAGGUUCCUCGCGAUAGACGGGCGGAACAAAGAUACCUGCAACACUUUGAAAACCUCUGGAGGGCGUCUCCCAACCCUGAGACGUCGCCCAGCUUCCUGCCAGUGCUGAAGCAGCUCGACGAGAUCAUUCUCCAAAGCAUGUACAGGAACAACGUCACUCUGGAUCGGCCCAUGACGAAUACUGAACCCUGGGUCUGCCAGAUCGUCGACCAGGACACGGGUCCAUUGCUGUAUGCGUUGCAGCGGACAGAAUUGUGGGCUGAUCACCGCCCGCGAGAGGUUCUCGCGGUUGCAGUCUACACGGAUUCUGGCAUUCAUGUCACCCACGAGAACCGGCCUGGCCUGUAA